GGCUGCUGUCCAGGGAGGGACAGUAGCAGUGAGGCUCUGGCCAGUCCCAGCAGCCGGGGACAGAUGCCGAUCGAGAUUGUGUGCAAAAUCAAAUUUGCUGAGGAGGAUGCAAAACCCAAGGAGAAGGAGGCAGGAGAUGAGCAGAGCCUCCUGGGGGCUGCUCAGGGGCCAGCAGCCCCUCGGGACCUGGCCACCUUUGCCAGCACCAGCACUCUGCAUGGGUUGGGCCGGGCCUGUGCCCCAGGCCCCCAUGGACUGCGCAGAACCCUGUGGGCACUGGCCCUACUCACCUCACUGGCUGCCUUCCUAUACCAGGCAGCCAGCCUGGCCAGGGGCUACCUGACCCGGCCUCACCUGGUAGCCGUGGACCCUGCUGCCCCAGCCCCAGUGGCGGGCUUCCCCGCUGUCACCCUCUGCAACAUCAACCGCUUCCGGCAUUCGGCACUCAGCGAUGCUGAUAUUUUCCACCUGGCCAACCUGACAGGGCUGCCCCCCAAAGACCGGGAUGGGCACCGUGCAGCUGGCCUUCGCUACCCAGAGCCUGACAUGGUAGACAUCCUCAACCGCACUGGCCACCAGCUUGCUGACAUGCUCAAGAGCUGCAACUUCAGUGGGCACCACUGCUCCGCCAGCAACUUCUCCGUGGUCUACACUCGCUAUGGGAAGUGUUACACCUUCAAUGCCGAUCCUCAGAGUUCACUGCCCAGCCGGGCAGGUGGCAUGGGGAGUGGCCUGGAGAUCAUGCUGGACAUCCAGCAGGAGGAAUACCUACCCAUAUGGAGGGAGACAAAUGAGACAUCAUUCGAGGCAGGUAUCCGAGUGCAGAUCCACAGCCAGGAGGAGCCUCCCUACAUCCAUCAGCUGGGGUUUGGUGUGUCCCCAGGCUUCCAGACUUUUGUGUCUUGCCAGGAACAGCGGCUAACUUAUCUGCCCCAGCCUUGGGGCAACUGCCGGGCGGAAAGCGAGCUCAGGGAGCCUGAGCUUCAGGGCUACUCAGCCUAUAGUGUGUCUGCCUGCCGACUGCGCUGUGAAAAGGAGGCCGUGCUUCAGCGCUGCCACUGCCGGAUGGUGCACAUGCCAGGCAAUGAGACCAUCUGCCCGCCAAAUAUCUACAUUGAAUGUGCCGACCACACACUGGACUCCCUGGGUGGAGGCUCUGAGGGCCCAUGCUUCUGCCCCACACCAUGCAACCUGACUCGCUAUGGCAAAGAGAUCUCCAUGGUCAAGAUGCCCAACAGGGGCUCAGCCAGGUACCUGGCAAGGAAGUACAACCGCAAUGAGACCUACAUACGGGAGAACUUCCUGGUCCUGGAUGUCUUUUUUGAGGCCCUAACGUCUGAAGCCAUGGAACAGCGAGCAGCCUAUGGCCUGUCAGCCCUGCUGGGGGACCUUGGGGGACAGAUGGGUCUGUUCAUUGGGGCUAGCGUCCUUACCUUGCUGGAGAUCCUUGACUACAUCUAUGAGGUCUCCUGGGAUCGACUCAAGAGGGUGUGGCGACGGCCCAAGCCCCCCCUACGGACAUCCACCGGGGGCAUCUCCACUUUGGGGCUGCAGGAGCUGAAGGAGCAGAGUCCUUGUCCAAGCCGGGGGCGUGUGGAGGGUGGAGGGGCUAGCAGCCUGCUUCCCAACCAUCACCACCCUCACGGCCCACCAGGAAGUCUCUUUGAAGACUUUGCUUGCUAGGAUGGUGCUGUGUGUGUGUGGGAAGUACCCAUGUUUCUGGGAUUCUACCCAGGCCCCACACAUCUCCUGCUCCUGGGACAGAAGGCGUGGGGCAGCCCAGGGCUAAGGGAAGGGGUGGUGCUCACUGAGAGACCAGGACUGGGGUCCUGCUCUCCCCAAC